GCCAACCCGCGGGCAUGAUGCGGAAUACUACCGAGCACAGCUGACGGAGCGCGCUUGCAAGUCCAUGACGCGAAAUGUGCAUGAUUUCCAGAGCGUAGGCUCCCUGUCCAUCGGCUCCCAGAUACACGGGAGCCAAGUGACUCUGGAACCGGGAGCUGAGGGCCUCCACUCCGGCUUCCGAUCAUCUACCCCUUCCCUUCACUCACAGGCCCCCCACAUAAACAUCAACAUCAAAGUCAACUCUACAGAGUCAAACCACACCUCUCCUCCAUUUCCCUCACUUGCUCCUGCCCAAAGGGAAACUGCAAACCGAUAUCCGGAAACCCAACAGCCAUUUAUACCACGGUCUGCCAUGCGUUCUUCACUGCACACUGCAGGAGCCACAAUCUCAGAUGAACGGCCAGAGGAGAAAAGAGAGGCUGGUUUGGGUAGCCCUACUACCACAAGUGCUGACAGCAGUACACCCACGCUUUGCCCCAUGCCAGAAGGAAAAACUUCCGUCCCUGUGUCCUCCAAGUUAAGACAAACAGAUCUGCGAAGGCCACAGAGGGUUCUGAAACGAAAGGCUGCAAAAGAAACCGAGGGCCAAAAGCUGACUGCAGAGCAUACGUGGAGAGUCAAAAAGAGCGUACUCGGUCGCUACAUCUGGAACCACAAACACCACCACGACUACAUAAAGUGUCCCAAGAAAGUGCCAAUUGACGUUGGUUGCGGGCAUUUGAACCCAAGCCUCUCGCUCCUGCUCUACCCGUUUGGUCUGUUUGACAACAACAGUUCGAGUAUGACCCUGCAAAUCAAACUGAAAGUACCCGACAAGUGCCCACCUCUGCUCUCUACUGAUACCUACAGUCUGACAUGGGAAAUUCGCUCACAAGAGACAAAGACAACGGAAGGGAAAGUACUGUCAUGUUCAAGAGCGCCGCCAUUAGUACCGUUUGAUCGUGGGAUGGUCUACGUGUUCAAUUUCUCUCUCACACAAUGCAAUAAAGGUGUGUGAAUCCUCUGCAUUCGAAAUCCGCAUUCGAACCAGCUACCUUUGUCAAGACACAUCUGCAGCAGCUUUGGCGAAAGUUCACGCUCACGAGCCUGAUAUUGUCCCAAAAUACACUGGAAGUGCAGUGACCAUGGCAAAGCUGCUUAAUUUCAGAGUGGGGGAUGGCAGGGUCAUUAACAUAGCACGGGAAGUGGGGGACAGCUACCAAAGAUUGGGGCACUACCUCCUAGGAGACCACACGGACACCAUAAUGACCGCAAACCCACAGAGGGACGUGACUGAAAUCGGCCAAGAGAUUCUGCAAUGCUGGGUACAGGGAGCUGGAAAGAGGCCGGUUCAGUGGGAGACACUGUUGGGUGCACUGGGGGCUGCAGAACUGGCUGAUCUCGCCACUAAAGUCGAGCACAACCUGCACCUCAACUAUGAGACAUGUAUUUAGUUCGUCCAUCGCGUGAGCCACUCUCGCCGACUCCUCAACCGGGAGACUGGGUGAUGUCAUCAACAAUAUGAACCAUGUCAGCCCCUUCGUUACCAGGGGGCGAUUGUAACGAGCUCUGACUCACCAUUAGUGACUCGCUGACUCGUCUCUCCGGCUGCUUCUUCAUCUCCAGCUCCACGUCCUGACCAAGACGCUCGAAAAAUGCCGAGUCAUCGUUCACCGUCUCUGAAACCUACAGAAACACAGGAACAUUGAAGGGAAUGCGGCAGUAUAAUUAUGUGUAUGGGCUAAAUUUAGAAUGUUACUGAAAAUAGAAACGAAACUGCAUUUUGGCACUGGGCCCUAUUGUUAAGAUCUAUUUUUAGUAACAAUUCAGCACUUACGUAUACACUGCCACUGCAUUCCCUAUAAUACCAUGUAUUUCACCUUUAUUCUGUAUCACAGAUACAAGCAAGCAAACAUGUACAACACAAAUUUUAUGAGUGUUCAGUGUUCCAGUCCAUAACAACUGUAGGCUUAUACGUACAUAUACGUGCUAUACCUGAGGGCUUUUAAGAUUUUCAGAGUCUGAGAUG